UUGCACAAGUCAUGGCUAAAUAUGGAUGCUUCCCCUUAAUUAAUACAUGGCCAUGAUGGUUCCCUGUAGUUGGCUAUAAACCCUUUUAUGGAAUGCUGCAAAUUUCAUCCUUUCAUCUGAGGAAACAAUACAGCUGUUCUGAGCUGAACACAAAAAAAAAAAAAAAAAAGUUUGAUGUCUGUCCAACAGAAUCUUGGUCCUGUUUUGGAUCACUGACUAAAGUGUUCAGCCGCUUGUUCCAUCAGCAAAUAGAAGCAUCAACUGAAGUGUUGAUGGGAUCCCACAGGGGUAAACUGGAAUAUAUUUGUUUAUGCAAUUAGAAAAAACUGAGCCUCUUAUAACAUACCAUAGAGUUUACUACAAAUGUUGCUUGUUAACAGUGUUUAAGAGUGUGGUGAAAGGUAACACCAUGCAAAGUUAAUAAUCUGUUUUUCCUGGUAAUAAUAAAGAGAAAAUCUGUUUUCUGGAGUCUUAAACCAUUACAGAGCAUCCAAAUAGGUAAACAAGGUGACACUGGAUGCAAUUAACUGAUGACUCAUACGAGUUGCCAUGUGCAGCUUUGAGCUUUGGCUUCAAUUCAGUUGUUAAACGAGAUCAUUUACCUGCCUGUGGCUCCAAUAUGGACAUUUCAGUGUGAGAGAAAUGAGUGGCAGAGAGACACUGAGGCAUACCUCUCUCUCUCUCUCUCUCUCUCUCUCUCUUUCUUCCUCACACGAACACAUCCGAGCGCGCCACUCAUGGAGUUGAAAUAGGAGUAGACACACACCUACAUAUUUACAUGAGACACACACACACACACAUAUGAGAGAGUGGUUGUUGCGGCAGAGGGCGCAGCAGAGGUUGUUUCUGUCCGCCGUGUAGGUUUCCAGCUUUCUGUCAUUCAGCCUUUAGUGCGUAAAAGCAGAACGGCCGGAAUCACCAUGAUGACCAAUGUCCGGAGUUUCUACUGCGACAGGAUCUGAUUCACAACUGCGGGUGCGGAUUUACUGACUUAAAUGGCUUAGCACAAAGUCUCUGGAGGGAAGCCCUGCGGUUCCACCUGGAUUAAUGUUUCGACCAUGAGGAUACCUGCGCUUGGAAAUGAAUCUGUGAACGCAGAGUAGGAUACGCUGGUUAGAAAGUAUAGUGAAGUAGCAAAUACUUCACCAUACGCGCAUCAGUAACCCACAGUGUCCCACUUUAAGAAUCCAGCAACUAUGCAGGGAGUCUGUGUCUGGAUUUUAAGAGUUUCUGCCCUCCUGCUGCUGCUUUGGUCGGACCCCCUGGACUGCCAACACACAACAGACCACAGGAAGGUUACUCAGCGGGCAGAGUCGCAACAGGAGUUCAGAGCAGAGCCACAACAGGAGUUCAGUGUAGAGCAUGGAGAAAUUCAGGGCUCCUGGGGCACCUGGGGGGCCUGGUCAACCUGCUCCCGGACCUGUGGAAAUGGGGUACAAGAGCAGAGCAGGCCCUGCCUGCCUAUUUACACUCCAUCCCAAUACCCCUCCAGAAGAGUUGGAGUUCACCCCCAGCAACCAGGCCAUGUCAUAUCAGCCCUGCAGCCAACAGUUCCUCUGCACCGCGACACGGUGAGGUCGUCCAACAGCAGCAGUCGUGGAGUGCUGAGGGAGGAGAAGCAGACCCGGCCUGGCGGACACAGGAGGGUCACUCACAUCGUCCCAGGGAGGUAUGGGUAUGGGAGAGCGCCUUACGUUGCACCAUUGCAGAUGGAUACAGGACAGGGCUCUGGGAUGGCUCACCCCCGCAGACAGAGACGCUCUGCUGCUGCUGAUGCCCACCACCCCACCGUUAGAGGCCACGGUGGCCACAGGUCAAACAACCUUGACCCCCCAAACAACCACCAUCGCUACAGCAGACCCUACAUGCAGUCCAGGGCACAGCAGCCUCAAAAUAACCAAGUCUGGGCACCCCUUUACCAGCCUGGUUCAGCCAACCAGGUCCAGCAGGGAGUGCAAACAGGCAGUCAGACGUAUGGACCCCAGCAGCAUCAAGAGCGACCCUACAACCCCCUGCCUACUUCUUCUUGCACAGGCGAGCAUGCUCGCUACAGGAUCUGCAACAUUAAUGCCUGUCCUCCACCCAGCAAACACAUCAGGGCUGUUCAGUGUUCUUCAUACAACAACCAACCUUUCAUGGGCAGACUUUACGAGUGGGAACCUUUCAAUGAGGCUCCUGCAGAGCAGCACUGCGAACUCAACUGCCGUGCCAAAGGGUUCAGGUUCUACGUGCGGCAAUCGGACAGGGUGAUCGAUGGGACGCCGUGUGGGCAGAAUGAGACUUUUCUCUGCGUGGCAGGAAUGUGUACGAGUUUAGGCUGCGAUGACUAUCUUGGAUCAGGAAAGGUGAUGGACAAGUGUGGUGUGUGUGGAGGCGACAACACAACCUGCAGGCUGGUCUCCGGAGUGUUUAAACACAGUUUAACCAAGAUUGGCUACCACAAGAUAUUGGAGAUCCCGGAGGGAGCCACCAAGAUCAACGUCACAGAAAUGGUGAAGAGCAGAAACUAUCUAGCUCUCCGAAGCCGAUCAGGCCGAUCCAUCAUUAAUGGAAACUGGGCCAUUGACCGACCAGGGAAGUACGAGGGAGGAGGGACCAUGUUCACCUACCGGCGACCCAAUGAAAUCAGGAGCACAGCAGGGGAGUCCUUUCUCGCUGAAGGGCCCACCAAUGAGGUCCUGGAUGUUUAUAUGAUCUUCCAGCAGCCAAAUCCUGGUGUUCACUAUGAGUACAUUGUGCCCUUUGAAAAUCCAGUCAGCCCUCAGCAACCAAACCACGGAACAGAAGGGAACACUGUGAAUGGGCAGGGUGGAUACGACCAUCACAGCAACAAUCACCAGGAAAACUUCAAUCCAGCAGGUGCGGGGAGGGACCCUCCUCGUCUCCCUGACAAUCAGGUGCCUGUCGUCCAGCCACCCAGACGCGUGAGAGAGUACAACUGGAAACUGGCUGGCGCUACAGAGUGCAGCGCUUCCUGUGGUAAAGGAUUCAGAUACUCCAUCUUUCACUGUGUCUCCCGGCUGAAUCAUGUCCAAGUAUCAGAUGCUUUGUGUGAUAGCAGCAGCAGACCAACUCCACAGGAAGAAGCCUGCAACCUGCAGCCAUGCCCAGCCUUCUGGGAUAUUGGAGAGUGGUCCGAAUGCAGCAAGACAUGCGGCCUGGGCAUGCAGCACCGGCAGGUCCUGUGUCGCCAGAUUUACGCCAACCGCACCCUCAACGUCCACACAAGCCGCUGUCGAGACCUUGAGCGGCCCGAAAUUGCCAGUACCUGCCAGCUGAAGAUCUGCAGUGAGUGGCAGAUCCGCUCUGAGUGGACCUCUUGCUCGGUGCCAUGUGGGCUGGGUCAGAAGUCACGAGAGGUACGCUGUGUCAGCAACGUGGGCGACUUUGUUCCUGAUGAGGAGUGCAACAUGAAUCUGCGGCCCAUCGAUGUAGAGAACUGUGACAUGGGAGCCUGUGCCAAGAGCUGGUUCUACACCGAGUGGGGAAAUAGGUGCUCAGCUGAAUGUGGGAUGGGUGUACGAACUCGGGGAGUCCUCUGCUUGACCAACCACAUCAGCAGCCUUCCUCUGGAGGGCUGUGGCAGCGAGCGGCCUGCAGACUCUCAGGUCUGCAACAACGGCCCAUGUGAGAAUCGCAUCGAGUGGUUCACAGGCCCCUGGAGCCAGUGCUCUGCAGAGUGUGGCCCAGGCAGCCAGCAGAGGUCAGUGGUGUGUCUGGUAAAGUCAGAUGAAGGAUUCACGGUCAUGCCGCCGUAUGAAUGCUCCUCUCUGGAUCGGCCACUUAGCCAGCAGAGCUGCAACCUCAAAGCCUGUGGAGCAAAGUGGUACCACACUGACUGGAGUGCUUGUUCAAAAACAUGUGAGGGAGGUUUCCGUGUGCGUGAGGUGCGCUGCCUGUCUGACGACAUGAUGUCCAGCGAGGGCUGUGAUGAGCAGCUGAAACCUGCAGACAAAGAGGACUGCAACCCAGAGCCCUGCAUACCUCACAUAGAUGAGAACUGCAGAGAUAAAUACUUUAACUGCAACGUGGUGGUCCAGGCUCGCCUGUGCGUGUAUGAUUACUACAAGACAACAUGCUGUGCUUCAUGUUCACGAGUGACCCACAGACAGUCGAUUCAUCGGGGCCGCAGCUAGCAGUCUCUACCACGGUCCCUCAGCUCCAUGUUGGGCCAGACUCAAUGCACGCUGCUUGCACUCUGUUCCUGGGCCAGCCAGGGGAGUGAACCGGCCUGACCCUGGCUUAAAACAGACAAUUGUUUUGAUUGCCAAGGACGGAAACUGAAGAAGGAACAUUUCUGUUGGCUCAUUUGGAGACAGCUGUUAGGAGAAAGGAAUACAUAAGAAUAGUGGAGGACAGGAAUCCACUCACUGGAUAAACAGAGCGUUGGCGGGGUGAGAGAGAGACCCGUAGCAAACCGAGGAACUGACAAAAAACUUAAUGGAUUUUAACCACAACAUUUUAUAUAAAGAAUCCAUCCUAUUUUUUGUUUUAAGGGGAGCAGUUUUUACCAGUAAUGGUUAUUGUGGAUUACAUGAUAAGCAGAGGAGAGCACCUGUAAACUGUAAAGAUGGACUUCAUAUAGAAAGUAUAUGUUCUAAUAUGGUUCUCUACACUACAAUGUUCAGAUUUAUGACAUGAUGUCAUAUGAAGUCAAUGCUGUCUCACCUAUAAUCAACUAUUUAACACCCACUUUGUUGACCAAAGAUAUAUAACCUCACCCAACUGAAGACAAAUUAAAACGUUUCUUUUAAGAAAGAAAUACUGUGCAAACCCUCCAUAAUGCUGUAACCUUUACGCAGCAUGGAUUCAUACGAAAAAUGAUUUGUGGCACUAAUGAGAUUUCUCUGAUCACUUAAACAGUCACAAAUCUUUCUUGCCUACACAGCAAUGAGGUGUAAAUGCAGCCUAUGUAAUAUGUAUAUAUGUAUGUAUGACAGAGUGAAUGGUAAAAGUCUUUUUCUAAUAGUUCUCAGACAGUCCUCCCAGCAACUGAAGAGAAAAAAAGUCCUCUUUAUUUAUUUGUGUGGCUCCCGGGGGAGGACACUGGUUUAUCGGCCGCCGGUGGCCCCUUUUUGGCUGUGGGGAUAAAACCGUUGCUGUCUCUCCACCAGUCACAGCCUCUGAACUGAAAUGUAGGCAUUCCACAGCCUGCUGGAUGGUAGAAGCAGAUGGUCAAAAAACCCCAACGUAUUUUUGGAGAGGUGAAACAAACUGCAUAUAUACUGUAUAUAUUUUCUGUGGGAGAUGAUCAUUCCACAAUUCCUGGUAAAUCACCAAUCAUAAAUACAUUGAAUUAUCAAUAAAAUGUUAUUAAUAUUUGAUUGUAAAGAUAAAUCAUGACAGUAUUUUCCAACUAUUAAUAUGUUAUAAAUGAGGUUUACAUUAAUAGUAAGUCCUUGUUUAUGAAUCAGCCUUUUCUGCCAUAUCACACUUAAGUUUCAUACAAAACCUGCACACUGUACCUCUCAAGUGUUCAAUUGUUUUUGGAUAAUAUGUUAUUAGUUCCCUCCAUGCACGAUAAACUUACCUCUCAUCCAUAAGUACUGUAUAUGUAUCAAUGUUUAAGUUCAGGAUAACUCAAGUAUGCAAGUAAUUCAAUUUCUGCAGGCAAAUAAUCUUUCUGAAUGUGCCAACAUGAUGACGUGAUACUUGAUUUCCCCCCAAACAAUCAAGAGUUGAACUAAACUACCAGAAUACUUCAGUAUUCAACAUACGACUGCAACUAAUAAAACUGUAUUUGCCUUCUUUUACAUUUCUCGUGUUCAGCCUUUUAUUUUUUGAGUGUUUUUGAGACUUUCUGAAAUAAACAAAAUUACUAACUAUUUGAGCACUUUAAAGUAUGCUUUCCUUGUGUAAUUCCUCAGUAGAUUCAGUUUUACAUUAUCACAUUGAGGACAUGAUUUCUCUGAUUUAAGUCAUUCAUCCAUAGGACAAAGGCAGUAUCAUAAUUAAUAGAAUUACAGGAGAAGUACCACUAAUGACAGUGACAU